AUGUUGUCCGCAGAAGAGAUGAAUAAAGGUAAAAUACCGAAAAGAUGUUACACUGCAAAUAUCAAAAAGUUUGAUACUACGGAACAUAUGUUCAAUAUAGAAAAUGAAAUUGAAAAUCUUAGCAGUUGUAAACAUCGCAACAUAGAAUCUCUGCUUGGAUUUUGUGAUGAAGGUCCUGAUAUAAUACUUGUUUUUGAGUUCUUCGGUGGUGUACUCCUUUACAACCAUUUGCGAACACUUGGUGCGUGGGAAAAACGUUUGAAAAUAUGCCUUGAGAUUGCACACGGAUUGAAUUACAUUCAUAAUGAGAUGGAGGACCAAAAGAUGGUAAUACACCGUGCCAUUUGUAGUCGCAACAUUUAUGUAGACGAAAAUGAGGGGGUAAAGAUUACUGGAUUAUUUCAAAAACCAUGGUUCCUGCCUCCGAAUCAAAUUGGCAACGGGAAAGUGGAUUUCAAGAAUACAUAUCCUUGCUUCGAUCCUUAUAUGGAUCCUGAAUAUGCUAAGACUGGCAAGCUGAAAAAAGAGUCAGAUGUAUAUAGUUUCGGAGCAGUUAUGUUUGAAAUUUUGUGCGGGAGGUCUGCCGUUGGUUUAACUAACAUCAACAGGGGUCAAGGGCAUGAACUGUUGUCCCAGGUCGUACGACGAUGGUUCGAAACAGGAAUAAUAAAGAAAAAGAUAGCUUCUGUACUCAUGGCAGAAAAUGGAGAACACAAGUUUUCUCUAAAUAAAGGACCUAACAAAGAUUCGUUGGAAGCAUUUUUUGAGAUUGCAUAUCGGUGUGUAGCAGAAACACAAAACGAGCGUCCGACGAUGAAAGUCGUCGUCAAAGAACUUGAGAAAUCAUUAUCAUUUCAAGAAAACAAUAAGGAUAUCUUCCGAAUGUCACUCGAGGAAAUAAAAUUGGCCACGCAUGAUUUCAGUCCUCUCAACAACAUUGGAGAAGGAGGUUUUGGGAGGGUAUACAAAGGCAAAGUUGCACAUAAACAUGUUUAUGGGAAUUAUACUAUUGUCGCCAAACGGUUAGAUACAAGUCAUGGUCAAGGGGAGCAACAAUAUUACAAUGAGUUACAAAUACUCUAUGAGUUUAAGCAUGAGAAUGUCAUUGGUCUUGUAGGCUAUAGUGACGAAACUAAUGAAAAAAUCAUUGUUUAUCAACAUGCAUGUAAGGGAAGCCUUGAUAAAUAUUUGAAUCAUGCUAGUCUUACGUGGAGGAAUCGCCUUAUGAUAUGCAUUGAUUUUGCAACCGGGUUGGAUUUCCUUCAUGGAGGCGUUCAUGGAAAAGAGGUUGUGAUACAUAGGGACAUCAAAGCUGCUAACAUUUUAUUGUUUGAAGAUUGGAAGGCAAAAAUUGGUGAUUUUGGGCUUUCUAUCAUAAGUACGGUAAAUAAGGAAGCAGACUAUGUCAUCGAUCAUGCUUGCGGCACACCAGGCUACUGCGACCCGUUGUACAAGAAAUCAGGUUUCUUAACCAUAGAAUCCGACAUUUAUUCGUUUGGUGUGGUUUUAUUUGAGAUCUUGUGUGGGAGAUCUACGUUUGAAAUCCGCAAAUAUGAGGGUCAAUAUCUGCCCGAUUUCGUUAAGCACAAAUUUGAAGAAGGAAAACAAAACGAGGUUUUAUUUGAAGCUCUAAAGAAAGAAAUCAUGCAAAAGUCGUUAACAACAUUUCAAAACAUUGCCAUCCAAUGUUUAGAUGGCAAUAGAGAAAAAAGACCAAGAGCGAAACAAAUUUUAACAGAACUUAAGAAGGCGUUAGAAUUUCAAGAAGAUGGAGCAUAAACGAGUUAAGUUCAAUAAGUAUUACGGUCAUAGGAGUGUUAUGUACUUUCUCAGAAUGUUCUCAAACUUGUACUUUUCUUUUCUUGAGUUGGGUAAUUGUAAUUUUAGUUCUGUAAAACU